AUGAAUCGUAGUCUCAGUCGGCAAUUGAUUCAGGUCCAUGCCCUGGUAACACUUGAGCGGCAGCAAGUUGCAAAUCAAACUGGCGACAAGCAAGCCGAGCAGAGUGGACCAGAAGAGGGGGGGACGUGGUACCUUUUUCGCCGAUCCCGUUCAGGGCGCGAUGUCAUCGACUCGGGCAGUGCUGGAAUCCUCCUCCUCCCCGAUCCAACCUCCGCUCGCCUCUCCCUCCGUGCCCACGCGCCCGAGACCGACCUUGUUAUAGAUUCUUUGAUUCGGACUAUCUUUCUAGCGACUUCCACUAUUUCCCCCUGGGCCACACUAGUCGCAAUGGAGCUAUGCGGACGUCAGAAGGUCGUCCAGCGCAAGAUGGUGCUGCUAGGCGACGGUGCCUGCGGCAAGACUUCUGCGCUGAAUGUGUUUACAAGAGGGUGCGCAAUCCCAGCAGCCUCUUCCCCUCUCGAGCUGCCUCCCCCACGCCUCCGACAAGAGAAGAUAGCUAACGCCUCCGGUCUUUGGUAUGCGCAUUCCCCUAAGGGUCGAAGACACAGUCAGAUCGCUAACUAUCUGGCUAUAGAAAAUUACGUCCACGGUAUGACGCACGCAUACUACCCCUUUCACGCCCCUCAACUCACGCGCGCAGAUAUCUUUGUCGAUAAUGUACAUAUGGAGCUUUCGCUAUGGGACACGGCCGGACAGGAGGAGUUUGAUCGGUUGCGCGCACUGUCCUACGAAGACACGCAUGUGCUCAUGCUUUGCUUCAGUAUCGACAGCCCCGACUCCUUCGAAAACGUCGGAUCCAAGUGGAUCGCCGAAAUCAACGAGAACUGCCCCGGUGUGCGAGUCGUGCUCACCGCACUCAAGUGCGACUUGCGGAAGGAUGACGAGAUGAACGAUAACCCGAACGCAAUCACGUUUGAUCAGGGCCUGGCUAAGGCGAAGGAGAUUGGCGCCGUCAAGUACUUGGAAUGCUCGGCCGUCCAGAACCGCGGUAUCAGAGAAAGCUUCUAUGAAGCGGCCAAGGUCGCCCUGGAGGUUAAACCGGCCGGGGGCAACGGAUCCGGCCCGUCCUGUGUCAUCCUUUAA